GUUCCUCGAGCCAGCUCGAUCUGUGAGGGUCACAGAGCCCGGCACGGGGCGGGAACGCCCGUGCUGCAAACAUGGCAGCGCCAGGCUCUCCGGGCAUCCUGGGCCCCGGCGAGGUGAGGGCGCCAUCACGGCCGAGGGCCGAGGCUGGGAGGGCCCGUGCACCCUGCCGCUGCCCAGGGGCCGCCCCGGCCAGACGGUGGUGGCCGCCGCGGCUGCGGCUGCUUCUGGGAGGGGAAAACUAUCGCGAAUUUCACGCGGAGGUUUUCCUCUUCCGCGGCUGCGGCUGCGGCCGGGCGGUGGUGCACGGCGCUGGUGCGCUGCCGGAGGCCGCUCGCCGCCUCGGCCGCGCCCCUCCGAUGCGGGCCGCCCCGCUCCGCCCGGCCGGCGUGGACGCGUGGGCUCUGCCCCCCCCCCCAGCGCUCACCGCGGCGGCCCGCGCGCG